GAUCCAUUUCUGAAUGCCAUUGGAUAUACAGAGGGAGCCCAGACAUGGUCCAACCUUUGGCAGCUGUUAGGAGGGUACAUUGGAGAAGAUGGAGAGUUGAGGCAGGGAGACAAAUUAGGAGGCUCUUCAAUUAGUCUAGGGAAGGAGAGCUGUGUGUGUGAAGAGACUGAUGGAAAAAAUAUUGAAGAAAUAGAAUCAAUAUGAUUUUAUAUCUGGCUGCACACACUCCAACCCCCAGAGAAGGCAAGGGGAAGAGAGACUUCGGAAGACCCUCACCAGCUCAGGAAGAGACUGAUUUUGACCAGUAAAAGGACAGUGAUUUUAGCCUGUGCCUUGGCACCUGACAAGGGCAAGGUUUAGACCAGAGCCAGAGGCAUGAACUGAACUGAAGGGCCGCCUGCCAAGAAGAGCCACAUACUCACUCCUCAUCCCAACCCAUCUUCUAUCCUGACCAUGGGCACACUAUCUUCGCUCUGCCUGUGCCUGAUUGUGGCCUUAGCCUGCAUCACAAUGGUGGCUACCAAGCACUGCUAUUACUGUGACGUUACCAAUGUGGGCAACUGCGUGGGCACUCCCAUGUACUGCGGGGAAGAAGAGGACUGCUACUAUGGACAAGGUACCGCCACGGGCCUCACCCACAUUAUCAACAGGGGAUGUGUGGAAUCCACUCACUGCGGCAGGGAACAGCCUAUCAGUUACAUGGGGGUCACCUACAGCUUCGUCACCUACUGCUGCCGUGGAAACCUCUGUAAUGCUAGCCAUCCUGGCCCAAAGCAAGCUCCACUAAGCUUCACCACCAUCAUCGGGGGGCUGAGCCUAACCCUGCUUCUGAGCUGGAUUCUGUGAGAAUCAGCGCAAGCUUGCCGCCAGCCCAAUCUCCUCUCAAUUGCUAUCCUUCCACCCUCCCUCUCCCCUUUCCUAUUUUGGAAUGAAUUAAAGUGGCUUAAGGCA